AUGGCUGACAAGCACAUCGUUUUUAUCACCGGUGCCAACACUGGCAUUGGCUACGAGGCUGUUAAAGCACUGCUGCGCUCAUCCGUGCCAUACCACAUCUUCGUGGGCGCUCGCACGCUGGAAAAGAGCCAAAAUGCAAUUGCUGCCGUCACUCAAGAGGUCCCGGGAUCGAGCAGCACCCUCGAGCCCGUCGCCAUUGAGCUAGCUAGCGAUGAGUCCAUUGCCCAGGCUUAUGAGGCUAUCGAGGCCAAGGUGGACAGAAUUGACACACUGGUCAACAACGCGGGCGCUGCUUUUGAUACCUCCGACUUCAAGGACGACGUUCCAAACAGCCGCACCAUCUUCAACAAGGCGUACGACGUCAACGUCACCGGAACUCAUAUUGUAACGUCAACCUUUGUCCCGCUCCUCAUCAAGUCGUCUUCUCCCCGUCUCAUCUUCAUCACAUCCGGCCUGUCCACCCUCACGGCGCACUCCAAGAGCUUCUUCCCUCCAUGGGCUCCCAAGCCGCAAGCCGGAUGGCCCAAGGAAAAUGUCGUGGCCAACCUGGGAUACAAGAGCAGCAAGGCCGCGCUCAACAUGGUGAUGCUCAACUGGCACUGGCUGCUGCUGGAUGACGGCGUCAAGACUUUUGCUAUUAGCCCGGGCUUCUUGGCUACCAACCUGGGAGGCGUUCCUGAGAAGCUCAAAGCUCUGGGUGCAGGCGACCCAUCAAUCGGUGGAGAGUUUAUCAGGAAGGUGACUGAGGGAGAGCGAGAUGCGGAUGCGGGCAAGGUUGUAAACAAAGACGGCCUUCAGGACUGGUAG